CUGAAAUGCAAACAGCUGUUUUGGAACCAAGUCGCCAUGAGAAAACUUGUGAGCAACUAAAAGUUCAAAGAUCUUCCAAAAAACUUUCAAGAAACAAAGUUCGGUCUUAUGAUAGAACAGAACCAAUUGAUGAUGAUGUUAUAGUACAUAUUUUGAGGCUUCGAGGCAAACUUGGAUGGCAAACAGAGCUACCAUCAUGUGAACGGUUAGCUAGAGAGGCUGAUGUGGCCAGAUUUCAGAAGUUCACACUUACGAAGCCUUUACCUCUCAAAGAUAGUGGGGAAUACAUAUAUUGUCUUGCACGAAACAGGAACAACUUUAAAGUUCCCUACAACCCAUACGAUUUAGAGGUUGUCUCUACAAAUACAGCUAUGCAGAACAACGAAUAUUGGACCAUUACAGCUUCGUUUGUGUCUAAGUUCUCUGCAGUCCAUGGAGAAAUAGAAAUAACACCAGUGCCACAAUGGCUGCAUGAAAGACACCUGUAUUCGAGGUUACUUAAUCUGAAUUUAUUUUCCAAUUUCCGAAUGAAGAAAUGCUUUCUAGUAUGGAAAAUCAAUGUGAGAAGAAGCAAGAACAAGACCAAGUCAGUUUGACUAUAGGUUUUUCAUGGGAAAAGAAUUCAAGAAUACUUCAUCUCCUUCUGUAAACGUUACCAAUUUGCAUCUUAUUUUCCAUAAAUACUUUCUUCAAUAAAGAACAUUAUUCAAAUGCCAGAUAACUUGUUGGUAACAGCAUGGAAGAUUUGCUCUAAUAAAACUUUUAUGGUGCCUUUAUAUUGCUGUUAAGGAGCCUGGAAUUCUAAUGUGAAGAAAGCUGAGCUUUAAUUUUAUGUUUGUCUAGUGCCAAGCACAGUGGGAUUCUGCUUUAUGACUAGGGAUUUUUGCUAUAAAUGAGAUGAAAAUAAUAAUGAAUAUAGUUUUAUAUUGUAAAAUGAGAGCGGUUGCACCAAAUCCAGGCUGAAUAUGGGCUGAAAGAAAAGAUGGAAUUCAGUCUGUAUGUUGAGGCAAGUAAAUA